GCCUCCGGGAGGUCUCGCUGUGUGUGUGUCUCUCUUCUGUCUCUGGUGCUGCUUCCUUUCCUUUCCUUCAGGCGGGACUCCCCCGGCUGCCCUGGGCUCGGUGAUUGGGUGGAAGAUGGCGCCGCGCGGAUGGAAAUCCUCAUGACAGUCUCCAAAAUCGCCUCCAUCUGUACCAUGGGCGCUAAUGCCUCAGCCUUAGAGAAAGAAAUUGGUCCAGAACAGUUUCCAGUCAAUGAACACUAUUUUGGUUUAGUAAAUUUUGGAAAUACAUGCUACUGCAAUUCAGUUCUUCAGGCGCUUUAUUUUUGUCGUCCAUUUCGAGAGAAGGUCUUGGCAUACAAGAGUCAGCCUAGAAAAAAAGAGAGCCUUCUCACCUGCUUGGCUGAUCUCUUUCACAGCAUAGCCACUCAGAAGAAGAAGGUUGGAGUGAUACCUCCUAAAAAGUUCAUAACAAGACUGCGAAAAGAGAAUGAACUUUUUGACAACUAUAUGCAGCAAGAUGCACAUGAGUUCUUGAACUACUUACUGAAUACAGUAGCAGAUAUUUUGCAAGAAGAGAGAAAGCAGGAGAAGCAAAAUGGUCGUCUGCCAAAUGGCUGUAUUGACAGUGAAAACAAUAACAGUCCGCCAGACCCAACAUGGGUUCAUGAAAUCUUCCAGGGAACAUUAACUAAUGAAACAAGAUGUCUCACUUGUGAAACAAUAAGCAGCAAAGAUGAAGAUUUCUUAGAUCUUUCUGUUGAUGUGGAGCAAAAUACUUCAAUUACACACUGUUUAAGGGGUUUCAGCAAUACAGAAACUCUGUGCAGCGAAUAUAAAUAUUACUGCGAAGAGUGUCGCAGUAAACAGGAAGCACACAAAAGAAUGAAAGUGAAAAAACUGCCCAUGAUUCUGGCUCUCCAUCUGAAGAGAUUUAAAUAUAUGGAUCAGCUACAUCGAUAUACAAAACUUUCUUACAGGGUAGUAUUUCCCUUAGAACUUCGGCUGUUUAAUACAUCAGGAGAUGCCACUAAUCCUGACAGAAUGUAUGAUCUUGUGGCUGUGGUGGUUCAUUGUGGAAGUGGACCUAACAGAGGACACUAUAUUGCAAUUGUGAAGAGUCAUGAUUUUUGGUUGCUUUUUGAUGAUGACAUUGUAGAGAAAAUAGAUGCACAAGCUAUUGAAGAAUUCUACGGGUUGACAUCAGACAUCUCAAAGAAUUCAGAGUCUGGUUAUAUCCUCUUCUAUCAAUCUCGGGAUUGACUGGAUCUCUAGUGAAAAGUGACUUCUUGCCUCACUUCUUUUCUGGUGGAAAGAAAAUACUAAUAUCUGUCUUUUUAAAACAACGGAAUGGAGAGACUCGGGAGUGGUAGCAUAGUUUGCACAGAACAAAGCCAUGGUGUCAGAGAGGCUUUCUUCAACUCAUCAUAUCAUGUCACUUAAUUUGCUCAGGUGUCUUGCUGACAGUGCUGAUCCACCAGAAAUGGCCGGUGGGGACAGAGAGGCCAGGCACUCUUGGAAGAACUUGCUAUCAAGCAGCUAAUACUAUAUAUAGAAAAUGUGAUUAAAAGUCCAUUUCAGCCAGUGGACAUAUUUUCAUAGUCUUCAGUGUGCUUUGAAAUUUUGCUAGUUUUGCAUUGGAAGAAAGUGCAACAAAAGCAAAAUUAUGUUUGAUAUGCUAUUUUUUGUUUCUUAUUUCUGUUUAUUAAAAAUGCAACUGAUUCUGUACACUAAUUUUACCUAUGUUCAGUUUCUAAGUUUUUUGCACAUCUAAUUAAAGCAAGUCAUCCUAACUGUUGCCUUCCUGGCUAGAAUAAAUUAAUAGAAUAUGAUGUUGGUACUAGAAUCAAGAAGGCAAGUAAGUUUUGCUUCUGAUGAGAAGCUUACAUUACAGUAAUAUGUACCUCUGUGGAAGCAGGUUUGGAUUUUAAACUCCCUAUUGGGAAGAAUUUGGUUUAUAGCUAUAGUUUUAUUUUUAUUUAAGCAUUAUUGCAACUUAUAGAAGUUAUGUAUUUUGUAUUCUUCUCAGUUCCAACAUUUGUGGAUUCUAGAUUUGUAAAUUACCUGAACAGACUAAGAAUAUUCUAUUUCAUUGAUAAUUUAAGAGAUUUAUCUCAUUUCUCAAUGAAACCUUCAUAACGCAAAGUAACUGGAGAAGGAAUAGGUCUUGCUUCUUCCAUGAGGAACAAGUAUCUCUUGCUGUAUAUUUGACAUGGUUAUUUAAGGAGUUUGAAAUUAAACUUUACUUUGGCAUUUUAAAACAGAGAAUUUGUUUUAUUACCGUAAAAUGUUAGAGCAUUGAUAAAUGUGCCAGGAUUUUUGUUCUCUUUUUUAUUACAAAUCUUUAAAAAAAAAUUACUAAUAUGUAUGUUAAAUCCCAGGAAGAACCAGAGAGACAAGUGUAUGUGUAAUACCUGGACUUAGUUGUAACAUUAAUUGAAAAUGUACAAUAGCUUCAGAAUGAUUUGAUUUUUUUUUUUUUUUGGUUUAUCAUUGCAAUGGAUGUAAGCAUCCCAGAUGAAUAUUGGAUUAAAUAUUCUGAAAGUAAAGAUGUGACUAAAGACUUCUUACAAUCCUAUAAUGACUCUGUUCUGUAAUUUUUUAAAAGUAAUAACAAUUGUCUUGGAGAUUUGAUUGGAACCUUACAACAAGGGACAAUGUGGAACUAUGCUCUUCUAAUUGACUCUUUGUACAUCAUCAUUGUUAUGUCUGACAGUGGCUGAAUGUAACUUCUUACAAAAAAAGAUUGAAUGCACAUUCCUAAUAAGAGCUAUUAUGCCUUGAUAUUUCAGAAUAUGGGGUUUUUUCAUUGUCAUUUUGUUUUGUUGGCCAUGUUAAAAUGUAAAUCUGUUUUCUGUCUGCUGCUACAAUUAAUGUAUUUACUUGCCCUGUUUUAUUUAGCUCAGGAAAAUGAUUUCAUAUACCCAGAUAGAUUUUUAACAGGAUCACCAAGUGAGCUAUUUUAUUCAACAAACGUGAAAGGGUCAUGUCAAAUUGUAAAGAUCUUUUUAUAUAUAUACAUAUACAUAUAAAAUGAACGUUUCUGAA